AUGUUAGUCUUCGAUAUGGAUGUGUGUGAAAGUUUUAAUAAGAAUCCUUUGAUGGACCCAAACUCGGCGCCGCCCUUUAUGAAACAGCGCCGCAUGGAUUGGCGAAAUGAAGUUUAUCAGAAUAAACAAAUCAACAACAGACAGAAAUUUACAUUUGGCGAUCGAUUUAUACCAAGGCGUUUCAAGCCAGAAGCCCUAAAUUACAAUCUCAAAUAUGUGGGUAAGACUAAAGAGCAGGAUCUCUUGCAAAUGAGUCUCACACAGAGAUCGAGUUAUUGGCGUCAGAGCAAUUUUGUUACGACCAUGAAUAAAGUGUUCAACAUCGAAGAGAAUCGAUUGCUGCAAUUCAGCGAUAUGCAGUGCAAAUACUCCCGAAAGGGAAGGCAGAAGACGGACAGCGAUUGGUACUGUAAGCCAAGAGCCCGGCCCGUAGCAUUUGCCACAACCACAAACGAAAUGCCUGCGCUAUGCACGACAUUUGAUCUCAAUAUGAUGGACUGGUCUGUGAAUGAUCAGAUGGCCGUGUCCUUUGACGAAAAUCUAAUUAUCUGGCGUAAUCGAGAUGAUACGAGCAUGAUUUUUAAUGUCGAACGCACCAGCUCACUGAAAUAUUCACCAAAUGGCAAAUACUUAGCCAUUGGCUGCAAGGAUGGUGAAAAUCCAGUUUUAGAGAUUUGGCUGCUGCAAUCACCAAAGGAAUUUCUGGUUGCCAAUGGCAAGUAUUUGCCUCGAUCUUUCGAGUCCAUCUGCUGCAUAGAGUGGAGUGAGGAUGGCGACGAGAUUCUCUGUGGCACGAUGAGCGGACAAAUUGUGGUCAUUCAAUUCUCAACGAUGACCAUCGAGCAUGUCCUGAGGCAACAUACGAAACGGAUUUGCUGCAUGCGCUUCUCGCCGAUGAGACGCUACUUGGCCACAGCCGAUAUCCAGGGCCAGAUAUAUAUAUUCCACGGCGUGUCAUACAAAGUGAUAAUGCGUCUGGGCGCCAAGCAGGGCGGCAUCGUCUUCGACUGGCAUCCAUGGCAGGCCGCCGAACUGGCCAUUUCUGAAAAAAAACUUUCAUCAAUUUACAUAUUCAAUGUGCCGCGUCGUGAAAUUGUUUCGUUUUAUCAGAGAGGCGAUGAUAAGAUCCUAAUCAAUUCAAUUACAUUUAGCAAGAUCACGGGCGAAUUGCUGGUUAAUAUCUAUAAAUGCGAUGAAAACGGCUGUCCUUGCUUUGAGAUCUUUGUGCUGUCCUCGCUGAAUCGUGUUGUGGAUAUUUUGACCCAUUAUAAUAGAGGCGCGAUCUUCAUGAUGUGGAGUCCGGAUGGCACCAAGCUCGCCGCCGCUGGCAUGGAUGAAUCCUUUUCGAUAUGGGAGUUCUAUCCCAGCGAUAAGUUAAAUUCACUGAAACACAAGCAAACGCGUCAGCUACGAAAACGCAGCGCUCUGGAGCUUUAUGGAUCAGUAAGAUAAAUGUUUAAAUCUUUUCAAAUUUAGAAUGUCAAAUUGGUUUUUAUACUGUUUUAUUUCAAAAUUGUAAACAUAUGUGUAUACUCAGAUUAUAGUUAAGUGUUUCAUUUA